AUGCCAUUCGUCAAGCAGCAAAAGAACAAGGCCUACUUCAAGCGCUACCAGGUCAAGUACCGCAGAAGAAGAGAGGGUAAGACCGACUACUAUGCUCGCAAGCGGUUGGUGGUUCAAGCCAAGAACAAGUACAACUCCCCCAAGUACAGAAUGGUUGUUCGUUUCACCAACAAGGACAUUGUUUGCCAAAUCGUCUACGCCAAGAUCCAAGGUGACUUUGUCCUUAGCGCUGCCUAUGCUCAUGAGCUUCCCCGCUAUGGUAUCAAGGGUGGUUUGACCAACUGGGCUGCUGCCUAUGCCACUGGUCUCUUGUUGGCUCGCCGUACCUUGGCCAAGCUUGGUCUUGCUGACAAGUACGAAGGUUUCACUGAGCCUGAUGGUACUGUCCAAGAAGUUGAGGCUCUUGAGGAUGGUCCCCGUCCCUUCAAGGCUUUCCUUGAUACCGGUCUUGCCCGUACCUCCACUGGUGCCCGUGUCUUUGGUGCCAUGAAGGGUGCUUCUGAUGGUGGUAUCUUCAUCCCCCACAGCGGCAACCGUUUCCCUGGUUACGAUAUCGAAUCCAAGACCAACGAUGAUGAGUUGCUCCGCAACUACAUCUAUGGUGUCCACGUUGCCGAGUACAUGGAAUACCUUGAGGAAGAAGAUGAAGAGCGUUACAAGAAGCAAUUCGCUGGUUUCUUGAAGGCUGGUAUCACCUCUGACAAGGUUGAGGAUAUGUACGCUGAUGCUCAUGAGGCUAUCCGUGAGGAUCCUUCCCCCAAGCCUACCCAAAAGCGCACCUGCGAAAAGGCCUAUCCCCGUCCCCGUCGUCUCAACCGCAAGCAACGUCUCAACAACGUUGCUACCAAGAAGGCCGCUUUCGAAAAGAAGAUGGCUGCCGACGAGGAGUAA